ACACAAGAGAGGGCGCUCUUAUAACAUCCGGGAUAUUUUGGCAAUGUUCGGUCUCUUCAACGUUGUGGACCCGUGAAAAGUGAUCUGCAGUCAUGGGGCGCGUUAUCCGUGGUCAGCGUAAGGGCGCUGGAAGCGUCUUCAAAUCCCACAACAAACACAGAAAGGGAGCGGCUAUGCUCCGCUCUUUGGACUACGCCGAACGUCGUGGUUACAUCAAAGGAAUCGUCAAGGACAUCAUCCAUGACCCCGGUCGUGGUGCUCCCCUGGCCAAGAUCCAAUUUCGCGAUCCGUACAGGUACAAGAAGCGAACAGAGUUGAUGGUUGCAGCUGAAGGAAUGUUCACCGGUCAGUUCAUCUACUGCGGCAAGAAAGCUGCCCUCACCAUCGGCAACGUCCUCCCCAUCGGUGUCAUGCCUGAGGGAACCAUCAUCUGCUCCUUGGAGGAGAAGACGGGAGAUCGUGGCAAAGUGGCCCGUGCCUCCGGUAACUACGCCACCGUCAUCGCCCACAACCCCGACACCAGGAAGACUAGAGUCAAGCUACCAUCUGGGGCCAAGAAGGUCAUCCCCUCCAACAACAGGGCCAUGGUCGGAAUUGUUGCCGGCGGUGGACGUAUCGACAAGCCUCUCCUGAAGGCUGGCCGAGCCUACCACAAGUACAAGGCUAAGCGUAACUGCUGGCCACGUGUACGUGGUGUGGCCAUGAACCCUGUGGACCAUCCCCACGGUGGUGGUAAUCACCAGCAUAUUGGUGCGCCCUCUACUGUCAGGAGAGAUACAUCUGCUGGUCGCAAGGUCGGUCUGAUCGCUGCCCGUCGUACCGGUCGUCUCCGUGGUACCAAGAAGAUCCCAGUGGGUGACAAGGAAUAGACGAGAAAUAACAUCACCAAACAGCCAAUACAUGUACACUGAACUGAAUACAUAUUAUUAUAAUCCAUCCCAUGCUACAACUGAAUGGAUGACUAUCUACCGGUUUCAUGGAACCAUCAACUACUUGAUAUUUUGAUUUUACCGGAAUAAAGAGAUCUACACAGUAA